AUGUCGUGGGUGUUUGGCGAGGGGAGCGAGGCUGGCUCAUUGGCCACAGCACUUCCAGCUGUUACCUCAAAUACAGCACAGGCCACAAAGACACAACAUGAGACAAUUGAAGGCGAUCGUCCGCCUCAGAAGAGAACUGAAGUGGCUCAGACAGACCUAGGGCGGUCACUGUCGGAGGACAACGAAGCGGAGCAAAUCACUCUACAGCACCCCGAGGCCAAGUCUCUCAAACCUCCAUUCGCUUCAUUCCUCAAGGGCUUUGUCGAUCCCGUCCAUCUGAAUCCUGACCUGGCGCAUGAACACAGUCUUAUGUGGAAGCACGAUGAACUGAAGUACUACACGCAAAAAGUCGACAGUUUCUUACUUCAAAAUCCUGAUCAAUAUUUGAAGUUUCGCAAGUACGGUCUGAACAUUAUCGACUGGGGGAAGGACACGCGGCUGAAGGUGAUCCAAACUUCCUUGGACAACCUUCUGGAAGAGGGCAGGAAGAGAAUAGAACUUCUGAGCUGGCAAACUCUCGUCGAUCGCCGUCUGAUGGUUCGGCGACCAGCGGUGGAAAGAAGCUCAAAUUAUUGCCGGAUACAGCAGAUCCAGCAACCAAGAUCAACGAUUGACAAGAGCGGUGCUCCGAACCAUCGUCUCGCAGAGGAGGGCCAACAGGAGCGCUGCAAAUAG